GUUUACUAUUUAAUUCGUGGUUAAAAGUUGACUAUAAAAAAAAUAUUAAAACUUCAAGGGACAUUAUUUUAUCAGACAUUACAAAACUCUAGUGAGUGUAGUUAGUUCAGCUUUCGCAAGUAAAUUUUUAAAAUUAAUAGUCAAUUAAUCCUCUUUCUUGUUUUCAAAUAUUUUUUUCUUACUCUAUUAUUAUUCCUCGUAUUUAUUUUUGUUUCAUAUUCUAUUUUAAUUUGUAUUCGUUUCUAUUUUUUAUUAUGUUUUAAUUUCAUAUUUUGUUCUCAUCUAUUUAUUUCUGAUGUCCAGGUGGAGACAAUAUAGUGGAUUAUUGGUAUUCCAGCUCAGUCUGUCUGUCCAAUGCUACUCCUGGAAGAAGUUGAUAUUUUCAAUUUCUAUCAUGGAUAUGUCGCUGGCUACCGCUGGCCUAGAUUGGGCACGCAGUGUGGACGCAGCCAUGGACCAACGCAGCCAAGCUUACCAGGCUGGGCCAGCGACUCGACCAAUAUGUGGAAGCAGGACUGAAAUUCUUAAACAGGUUAUGAAAACUAGUGGAAUUGUUGGAUCUUCAAAUAUUAGUGGAACCUGUGAAACUGGCAAAUGUGAUGUAGAGGAUGGAGUUGCACAUAUUCAUGAGGUGCGUUUGGAAUGUGUGGUGAGUUUAUUGAAGGCAGCUGUGGCUCCACUCAGCUCAUUCAUAAUGGAGGCACUUGCUCUGAAUCACCCUUUAACGGCCGCCAUUCGCCAACAACUGCAACUGGUUCCAAGCAAAAUGGUGCUGAAAAAUAUCAAUUCAAUGAAACCUACAACACCGUUCAUGUAAGUAGAAAAAUCACAGUCAAUCAAAUACAGUUGAUGAAAUCAUCGAGAAAAGAUCAGCAAUCAUAGAGAUCCACUGUGAGAGACAGUCUUCAGAGAAGAUUGCCUUAAAAUGAAGGCUUCUCUGAUUGGUUCUCGUGGAAUUGAAUCGCGGUUAAAACAGUUUUAACAGGAUUUUGUGCAACCGGGCCUCAGUACCGUUCAGACCUAUUUUUUAUGUGAAAAACGUGGUUAAACGCAUGUCAGGUGCCAUACAAGCAGAACUAAGCUCGUCUCACAGCAGAGCUUGCAAGAAAGAAUAAACGCAGUAAUGGAGUCGUUUGAAAGGCAGGAGAACAGGUAUUUUCACUCGAUUAAGAGUUUUAUUCUUUUAUUGAUUCAACGAUACACAAUUAUUUUUUAAAUAAUUUGGUUUGUGAUCAACAGGCACAGCCCAAAACUGUUCCUUCCCCGGAUUUUGAUUCAUUAAAAUAGGUUAUGUUUCCUCCACUUCAUAAAAUGUUGUCUAAUUUUCUGACCAAACACUUGAAGCAAGAAAUUUUGAAUUUAACAUUUUAGCGCAUGGAAAGCACUUUACCAAAGAAAAUAAUAUGGACUAUUGUCAAUGUCCUAAUACCUACCAUAUAUUAGCAGAGUACCAUACGCAUGUAAAACAAUAUUAAAGUGUUCUGAAAAUUUUGAAAAAAAAAUAAUUUUUUCCUCCACCUACUGUUUAAAGUGCUUACUUUACUCCCUGGAACAUAAUAAAUACUAAAGAUUCACCUUUUCGCUCUCGGGAUGAAAAAACAAGAAAACUCCCUAGAGCGUAAAAGUAACUCCAUUAUAACAUAGGAAGCAUCUCUAUUUUAAAAACGUACAUUUGAAUAUCUACGUAGAAAACGUUCAAAGACCUUAAAGAUGCAUAGACUCACAUGCA